CAAAGGAGGUUGGCAGACAACGCGCGGGCCAUUUUCUAAAGAAAAAAAGUGUUCUUAGUAAAAAAAUAUGUCUGAUUCUGCAGUUGCAACGUCCGCUUCUCCAGUGGCUGCCACGCCCGCGUCAGUUGAGAAGAAGGUGGCCCCAAAAAAGGCAUCUACAUCUGCCACAAAGGCAAAGAAAGCCACUGCGACGCCGUCACAUCCGCCAACUCAGCAAAUGGUAGACGCUUCCAUUAAAAACUUAAAGGAACGUGGUGGCUCAUCACUUUUGGCCAUAAAAAAAUAUAUCACUGCCACUUAUAAAUGCGACGCCCAAAAGCUAGCUCCAUUCAUCAAGAAGUACUUAAAAUCGGCUGUGGUUAAUGGAAAACUUAUCCAAACAAAGGGAAAGGGUGCAUCUGGAUCAUUCAAACUGUCGGCUUCCGCCAAGAAAGAUAAGGAUCCGAAGGCAAAAUUAAAGGUUUUGUCUGUUGAGAAAAAAGUGCAAAGCAAGAAGGUAACCUCCAAGAAGACUGGUGCCUCCGCCAAAAAAACUGCCGCUGGGGCUGCUUCUUUUUCUUGUCGGUCUUGGUGAUGUUCUUCUGAGCCUUGCCAGCCUUCUUGGCUGCCUUUCCACUAGUUUUCGGCGGCAUUAUUCACUUCACUUAUAAUUUCACAAACACAAUUCACUUAUUGUAAUGUGGGCUCCGAAUGCGU